AUGACAUGUCUGGACAUCCCCUGUGGUACGUACACGCAAGGCCCUUCGGGUAUUGCUUUCACGAAUCUUGUGAAGCAUCUGUUUGCAGCACAAUGCCUGAUCACUGAGGACUGGCCUGAUGACCAUUAUUAUAAAGUUGCAGAUGGUGAUAGCUUCGACUUCAUCGUAAUAGGUGCAGGCACAGCUGGCUGUAUACUCGCGAACAGACUGUCACAGGUUCGAGACUGGAAGGUGCUGCUUGUGGAGGCUGGUGGUGAUCCGCCACUGGAGUCUAUCAUCCCCAACUUCUCUGGCGCUACCCAUAGAAGUCGACAUGCGUGGCAAUAUUACACUGAGAAAGAUGAAAAUACUAACAAAGGUUGUGUUGAUGGCAAAUCCUUUUGGCCUCGAGGAAAGGUUCUAGGAGGCACUGGGUCUAUAAACGGCAUGCUACAUAUGAUGGGUACUCCGGGCGACUAUGAAUCGUGGCACUUAGACGACGAUGAUGGUUGGGACUGGUCGAAUAUUAAAAAAUAUUUGAAGAAAAGCGUCAAAAUUGUAGACCCUUUUAUAUUAAGUAAUCCAGACUUAAAACAACAUUACGGCACUGAUGGUGAAUUUGUCAUUGAUCAGUUAAAUUCUACUCACACUGAUAUAGUUAACAAAUUAAUUGACGGAUAUAAGGAAUUAGGUUUAAAUUAUUUGGACAAUUUAAACGGUCUUACACAAAUGGGAGUUGGAAAAAUUAGAGGAGCAAAUUAUAAAGGCCAUAGAGUAAGUACUGCAACUGCUUUCUUAAAUCCCAUAAAACAUCGUCAGAAUCUGUACAUUUUAAAGAAUACGUUUGCAUAUAAAGUUGAUAUUGACGAGAAUAAUUUAAAGAGCACUGGUGUUAGAGUCAUGCUUCAAAAUGGAGAUGUAGCGACGUUCAAAGCUAAGAAUGAAAUUAUAGUAAGCGCAGGUGUGAUUAAUACACCUGUACUUCUUAUGAUUUCUGGUAUUGGUCCAAAACAGCACCUCGACGAUCUAGGUAUAAAGGUGUUAGUUGAUUUACCUGUAGGCGAAAAUCUGCAAGAUCAUGUAAGAAUACCAAUACCAGUGACUAUAGAUACUGGUGCUAAACCAAAAGAUGAAUUAUAUUGGAAUAAAGCAGCCGCGCAGUAUUUAUUAGAUCACAGUGGUCCACAUGCAACAAAUUAUGAUCAACCAAAUAUAAACGCGUUCCUAUCUGUACCAGAUGGUAAAAAACUGCCUGAUGUACAGAUAGAUCAUAAUUAUUUUGUACCAAAUACAUCUUACGUUUACAAAAUGUGUACAGAUGUAAUGUCGUUUAAAGAUGAAAUAUGCGAACAGUUUAAAAUGUUCAAUUCAGACAAGGAAAUGAUUAUAUUUUUCGUGUCUUUAUGUAGACCUUAUUCAAGGGGAAAAAUACUAUUACGUUCAACUAAUGCAAUGGAUUCCCCAAAAAUAUUUCCGAAAUAUUUUAGUGAUCCAAGAGAUGUUGAUAUUUACAUACAAAGCUUGAAGAAUGUAAUGAAAAUUAUUGACACUCCAACAUUUAAAGGAAUGAAGGCUGAAAUAAAAAGGAUUCUAUAUGAAGAUUGUGAUGAUGCAGAAUUUGGGAGUGACGCAUAUUGGAAAUGUAUGAUUAGAACAGUGACUUAUAAUGUAUAUCAUCCUGUGGGGACAGCUAAGAUGGGGAGUACUGACGAUCGGUCAGCAGUUGUGGAUAGGAAAUUAAAAGUGAUAGGUGUUAAAGGUUUAAGAGUUGUAGAUGCUAGUAUAAUGCCAACUAUAACAAGUGCCAAUACUAAUGCUCCAGUGAUGAUGAUCGCGGAACGAGCGGCUGAUUUCAUUAAGUUUGAUUAUGGUGUGAUAGACAAUAAAAAAGAUGAGUUAUAG